AUGGCGAUGGCGAGUCUCGCUAGAAGAAGAGCUUCGACGCUGUUCUCUUCCUCUUCGAAGAAUAUCUGCAGCGGAACCAAGUUUUCGUGGAUUGCGAGCAGGGGAUUCGCCUCUGGAUCUGACGAGAACGACGUCGUCGUCAUCGGCGGCGGGCCUGGAGGUUACGUAGCCGCGAUCAAGGCGGCGCAGCUUGGCCUCAAGACCACGUGCAUCGAGAAGCGCGGGACCCUCGGCGGGACCUGCCUCAACGUCGGUUGCAUCCCAUCUAAGGCUUUGCUUCAUUCCUCUCACAUGUAUCAUGAAGCAACACACUCAUUCGCCAGCCACGGUGUAAAGGUCUCUUCCGUUGAGGUAGACCUUCCUGCCAUGAUGGCCCAGAAGGACAAAGCCGUUGGUAAUUUAACAAAAGGCAUCGAGGGCUUGUUCAAGAAGAACAAAGUCAACUACAUCAAGGGCUGGGGCAAACUCCUCUCCCCCUCAGAAAUCUCAGUUGAAACUUUGGAGGGAGACAACAAAGUUGUCAAGGGCAAAAACAUCAUAAUAGCCACCGGCUCGGAUGUCAAGAGCCUCCCCGGCAUCACCAUCGACGAGCAAAAGAUUGUGUCCUCCACCGGCGCCUUGGCCCUAAAGGAAAUCCCCAAGAAGCUUGUGGUCAUCGGGGCCGGCUACAUCGGCCUUGAGAUGGGUUCCGUGUGGGGCCGCCUCGGCUCGGAGGUCACUGUGGUCGAGUUUGGGUCCGACAUUGUCCCAACCAUGGAUGGAGAGGUCCGGAAGCAGUUCCAGCGUUCGCUCGAGAAGCAGAAGAUGAAGUUUAUCCUCAAGACUAAGGUUGUCUCGGUCGAUCCUGCUGGAGAAGGCCUCAAGCUAACGCUCGAGCCAGCUGCGGGCGGUGACCGGACUACCAUUGAGGCAGAUGUUGUCCUCGUCUCGGCAGGACGGGUCCCAUUCACCAGCGGGCUCGAUCUGGAGAAAAUUGGUGUUGAGACUGAUAAAGCGGGUCGGAUCCUUGUGAACGAUAAAUUCGCAACUAACGUGAAGGGCGUUUACGCAAUAGGUGAUGUCAUCCCAGGGCCCAUGCUAGCCCACAAGGCCGAGGAGGAUGGGGUGGCUUGCGUGGAGUAUAUAGCCGGAAAGGAAGGGCAUGUGGAUUAUGAUAUGGUUCCUGGUGUGGUGUACACGCACCCAGAGGUGGCUUCGGUUGGGAAGACAGAGGAGCAGGUGAAGGCACUCGGGGUCAGUUACUGUGUCGGGAAGUUUCCGUUUUUGGCAAACAGCAGGGCAAAGGCGAUAGAUGAUGCGGAGGGAAUCGUGAAGAUACUUGCCGAGAAGGAGACGGAUUCUUUAGCUUCAUUAGCUGCCCGUAGCCCCGGUGGGCUUCUUGUGCUGCAGAUCCCUCCGGGAGAUGUCAAACCGUGGCUGACUCAUGAUUGCCUUGGUGUCUCCCACCCGCGAAACAUAGUUGUUAAUCCGUCCUAG